AUGUAUGGAUCCUGUGGUUUUGAAGUUGCCCCACGAGGGCCAAAAUUACCACGGCUUAGUAUGGAAGAUACCGCCCUGCCUUCUCAGGCAUCCCUCAUGAGCAACAGUGGUAACGGUGGUGGCAAUAUUCAUUCAUCCAAGUCCGAGAACAGAAAGCGUUUUGGGCCUUCUGGUGAUUUUCGGACUAGGCUCUCUCGUGGAAACUUUACUCUUUCUCGACAAGACUCUUUCGAUGUUGGGAAUGAUCCUGUGGAAGCGUCAUCGCCACGCUCUUUGCCCAUGGACGAAUCAGAUUGCAAGCCUAGUGCUAGCCCCAAAUCUUCCAAUGAGACAUCAGCAAUAGCAGCAGGCGUUCCCAUCAUAAAUAGCGGGAAAUCUAUUCGUCUACAACGGGCGAACUCCUCUUUUCCCUCAACUACCACGGCUACGGCUCUCUCUUCCAAUAAUGGGUCUUCGAACAGCAUCAGCUCUCAGCAUGUGCGUCAGAAGCUGAAAGAACAUCUUCUCAGUCGUCGGGUGAUGAGUGUAGGGGCCUCUUGGGGAGCAGUCUCUAAUUCUGGAAACUCUGCAGGUGGUGGUGGUGGAGUGGUGACUAGUGGUACUCCUCCGCAUUCCCAUGCUCCUCUCCGACGCUUUUCUCGAUCGUUUGAAUCGGAUCCCACAGUGUCACCUCCAUCACCCACCUUAGGGGAGGUAAACAGUAAUGCUUCAGCUCAUGGUCACCCUUCUCCUCCUUCGUUCCCAAGAAAACGAGCUGCUUAUCAUCGCUGCGCGGCCAUUUCCCUGGAUCUUCCUUCUAAGCAGUCGUCUGGUGUUCUUAUUGGAUCUGUUCCCAAUUCAAGGACCUUUGAUGAGAUUGCAGUCGAGAAGCUGAAUUCAAUUUGGAGGGAAGCAAAGUCACAGGCACACUUCAAGCUGUCUUCUCUACCCGGCUCAGGAGGCAACACCUUCUCUCCCUUCCCUAAGCGCCAAGCCAGUUACAAUCCCCAAAUGGCACACGACUGUCCGGAAGAUCUCUCCAAACCAAGUGCCAUCGAGCCUCCCUGUGUUGACAUGCCCUUAGAUUUGACAGCGCCUGCAGCACCUACGACACCUGCAAUUGAUUCCCCACGGCGUGUUAAUAAUGAGUGCCUUCUACGACAAACUUCUGCCAACCCCACACCAACUGCAUCUGUUGGCGACGUCUCGAUUCUUCGACAACCAGAUUUCGCUUUCUUUCUUGUGGCUAGCCAAUUUCACAAUCUCCUCUUACCUGAUCUCUUACAGCAUUGUCUUCCUCGUUUGCAGAAUACUUCAGUACAGAAGCAAUUUCUGGCUCUCAAUUCGACUGCAUUUUCGGCUCCUUCCACACCGCCAAACCUCCUAGUGGGAGGACCUCCGCCUAGUACAACGUCUGCUGUAGCUGGUGCAACAGUUUCUAACCCCGCGGUGCCUUCUUGUCUCCAGGAGACUGCUGCCUCCAUUGUGUCCUCCCUCACCUCCCUCUGUCAGCCUCCAUCGCAACAACAGCAGCUCAAUCUCCUCGCCACCUCGAUGCUUCAGUCGCAUCUCAGUACUCAAGUGGGUCAAAACCUUCGUGAGACCCAGGAGAAUCUAGCUGCACUAACCUUAAGUGGUCCCACACGCGACAAUGUCCUUCAACAGAACCCCCCGACCCAGCCUCCCCCAGGACCCUCACCCUCACCACCUUCCACCUCCGUGAUACCUUCCACAGAUGAGUUCAUUCGAACUGCUCUUGAAGGGGCUUGUGAUGAAAUUCAAAGGCACUGGAAUUCCCUUCCUAUCAUCAAUUCUUGGCCAAAAACUAUGGAGAGAAGGCGUGGGGUGCCAAGUGCUUCUUCAGGGUAUGACUACUGCUAA